UAUUUUGCGAUAUAAAAUCCAUUGAAAGUAUUCAGUUUUAAAUAUAUAUUUAAUUUACAUUUUAUUAAAUGUUUAAGAAGAAUGAAGAUAUUAUCUAAAACCGUAACGGGUAUUUUUCUAUUAAUUGUUUGAAUUACAACGAAUUAACGAUGUUGCUGUUAUAUCUUGAACGAUGCCUGGUACUGGUUUUGGCCGUUGUAGCCCUGCUACUAGCUGUUGUAUCUUUUAGAGGGUUAGUGCCACUACAGGAUCCAGUUUCUAGUUUGGGAUAUAUAGAUAAACUAUCCUUACUUUUCGGACUUCAUGAACAGUCACAUGUUCUGAUUGUAAGUUCAAACCAAUGGAGCAGUGAUGUACUUCUCUACACAUUCCAGAAACGUCUUAAGGAUGGAGCAUUUUUUCUUAGUCAGGAGUCUUCUGGUUCCAGCAGUUCAAGUCUGUUAGAAAAUAUUUCACAGGAAAGUAUAGAGAGUAAAUGUGAUGAAAUCUUAACAAUCUGUAAUACUCUUGUUCCCUUUACAGCAAAUAGGAAUAAUAUUCCUAUUUUAGUAGGUUUGCCUGAUCUGCGGUUGGUGUCUCGAGAGGAACAGAAAACUGUAGUUUCCACCCUCGACUCAUGCUUUAGUAAUUCAGAUUUUGAUUAUACAAGAGAAGGAUCUAUAGGAAUUAUAUCAACAGAACAGCAGACGGUUAUGCAAUGGUUUGCGCUAAGUUUACUGAACGGUCGUCUUCCCUUCAUGAAACCCGGGGAGACUCCAGUACUGGCAGAGACUAACGAAGACGAUCUGAUAAUGACCUUCGCGGUCAGCUCUAUGGCCAGGGUGAAGAACAGUACAGUGCUAAUGCAUAAGAAGGUUGAAGUUUUCGGGGAAAUCUGGGAUCUUGUCACGGUAUGUACAUUAUAA